AGAUUUAAGUUGCUAGCCGUUUUUAAAAUGUUUUUUUUAAUACAUCACCUUCUGAGUUGGAUAGUUUUUAAUUAAAAGCAGGCCAAAUUCCAACCGCGUCUCCUGACUGCCAGGGCGCUGGUUUAUGAUAUCACGAGUGUGCUUGAUUUCCUCGCUUACUUUGCACGUGAAACAUGCCACCCAAGAAAACAACACGAAGCAGCUCCAAAUCUAAUAAACACACUGAUGCAGACCCAGACGCCCAACACAAUAAGGAGUCUGGUGAUGUUGCACAACUCAAAACUGGCAAAAGAAAAAGGUCAGCAGCAGUAAAAAAUGAUGUGGAGAAAAAUAAAAAUGAUGACGCAUGCAAAGCAUCUUACAGUCACUGGCUUAUGAAGUCUGAACCUGAGAGUCGAAUUGAAAAUGGAGUGGACGUGAAGUUUGGAAUUGAGGACCUAAAAGCCCUUCCCAACCAAACGGGAUGCUGGGAUGGAGUGAGGAAUUAUCAGGCACGUAAUUUCAUGAGAGAUAUGAAGGUGGACCAGCAGGCCUUCUUUUACCACAGUAACUGCAAAGAACCAGGCAUCGCUGGCCUCAUGAAGAUUGUAAAGGAGGCUUAUGUAGACCAUACGCAAUUUGACAAGAAAGAUGUUCAUUACGACCCCUCCAGCAAAGCAGACAACCCGAAAUGGAGUAUGGUGGAUGUUCAGUUUGAAAGGAUGACCAAGCGUUUCAUCUCUCUGGCUGAGCUGAAGAUAUAUCACUUGCAACACAAAGCUAAGGGUGGCCCUCUGAAAGAUAUGGCUCUCUUCACCAGGGCAAGACUAUCAGUUCAGCCCCUCACUGCAGAGGAAUUUGACUUUGUCCUGAGUUUGGAGAAUGAAGAUCCAAUAUGAAGAUCAUGAAAGUUUUUUUCUCCCACCUUAUGAUUCUCUCUUCUUUAAAACUUGAAGUUUUAUAGUCAGUUAUUUCUUUAUGUUACCUAUUUUGAUGUGACCAAAUGAGUAAAUAAAACACUCCAAGUAUUUUGUUAUUAAAAUAUUUUUUGCCUCGUUCAGACCGCUUCAUAAUACAGAUUUCUCUUCAGUUAUCACAGGUUAUUUUAAUUUUGAAGACAAAAAAGUGGAAUCAUCAUGGAUGCAGAGGUUAGUAAAUUUUAUUACAAUAGGGCUGAUUAAAUGUGCAUUUUGCAGAAGGUUUUUUUUGUACGAUUAAACAAAUAUUUAGUAAUACAAUAACAUGCACAUGUAAGAAUAGAAAAGUCACUUUAAAAAUGGGUUGCAAACAAUCACAUAAAAGAUUUUCCCUAACACAGCAUUUAAAUGCACGUUUGGGAAUACUGGAACUGUGCUGCCGACGUGAUGAUAAUUGAUUCAUUUUAAUAGGAAAUAAACACUUAAGAUGACAGAAAAUCAAAAAAAGAUUUUUCAACAGUAAAAAUAUUCAUGUAAAAGGCAUUGCCUUGUAAAAGUUAGUUGACAAGAUGUUCCCUUGUACAUUUCUAUGGAGGUUUUCAUUUGUAAUGGUUCUAACUGACAGAAUAAUACUGUGCAGAAGUACAUGAAGCGCUAGAUUUAUAACACAAAAGAUCACAGUAAAUCUCAUUUUGGGCUCGAUUAACAGCACAAAGUAUAGAAGCUAGAUUCUGACUUUUCAGUGCACUGGACUUGAGCAAAGUUGAGCAUAACAAGAGGAAUGUAUUGAGGCUCACAAGUCAGAAUAGAACAGAAUGAAAACAUUGG